AUGUCAUCUGCUGAUCUGCGAGCAAUUUCUCAACUGGACGAAGCCUCGCGAAAGGAUAUCGCUCAGUGGGUGGAGAACGAAAUGGCCCAAGCCAAGCUCCGCUCGACGAUCCACAAUUUCACCGAGAUCUGCUUCCGCAAGUGCGUGACUUCGAUCGGUACUCAGACAUUGGCCAAAACAGAAGAGCUGUGCUUGCAAAACUGCCUCAACCGGUUCUUGGACACUAACUCAGCUAUUGUCAAGCUGAUUCAAGAGCAAAAUAAGUAA